CCACCUCCUCCUCUGUCUUAUUGAACAUGACACCUUCAUCUUCCUCGAUAACAUCCAUAGCUAAAAACACUCAAAUUUUGUUCCAAAGAAAUCAAUAUAUCCAUACUUUACUGUUAAUAAUAACUGAUCCAGAACAGCCAUUGGAGGAGAUUAGAAGAGGGUGUAGUUUAACCAGAAAUGAGCAAACAAGAUGGCCAAAGAAGAAGCUCACAUCACGUUCAGAACCAAUACAGAAGAUGUCAUUUCUGAUAGUUACUACUGGUAAAACGCAACAGUUUAUGGGAAGUUAUUAACCAAAAGAUAAGAAAAAGGAAAAAAGAAACUUUUAUUUUUUGAAAACCAUAUUCCCAAUAUGCAGAACCAUCUUCUCAAUUAAGAAAAAAACCAGAGAAGGAAAAAAAUAAUAAUAGAAUAACAGAAGGAGGCUCUUGGAUCCAGAUCCCUCUCUCUCUCUUAUUUUCUUUUUUCUUGGUCUCUGUUUGUUUUCUCCUAUAAACAAAACAUGGGUUUCCACCCUCUACAAUCCCAAAACAGAUCAUUCUGUUUUUUAUGUUCUCAAGAAGAACAAUGACUGCAACUCUAAGGAAUCUCUUUCUUCCUCCUCAUUUCUUCUCCUUAGGCUUGAUUUUUUCUGUGACAUCUCUUCUCUUUUCUUCUUGUUACUCCAUUGAUGAACAGGGUAGAGCUCUUCUUACAUGGAAGGACAGUCUAACCAGCUCCACCGAUGCUUUGCGGUCGUGGAAGCCCGAGGAAGAAACACCAUGUUUAUGGUUCGGAAUUAUCUGCGAUUCGAAGGGGGAGGUGGUGGAGAUAAAGUUAAUAGUAGUGGAUUUGCAAGGUACUUUGCCUUCAAAUUUUCAGUCUCUCAAGCUUUUGAGGAGCCUUUCCAUCUCUUCGACCAAUAUUUCCGGGACGAUUCCGAAAGAGUUUGGAGAUUAUAAUGAGCUCAGCUUCAUUGAUCUCAGCGACAAUCACCUUUCGGGCGAAAUGCCAGAAGAGAUUUGCAAGCUGAGCAAGCUGCAGGAGUUGUAUCUUAAUGGCAAUGCUUUUGAAGGGAUUAUACCUUUGGAGAUUGGAAAUCUUUCAAACCUUGUGUCUCUCACACUCUUUGACAAUAACCUCAGUGGGGAGAUUCCAAAAAGCAUUGGAAGGUUGGAAAAGCUUCAAAUUUUCAGAGCUGGAGGGAACAAAAAUCUCAAGGGUGAAUUGCCAAUGGAGAUUGGAAACUGCAGCAGUUUAGUCAUGUUAGGCAUAGCCGAAACCAAAAUCUCCGGGAGGCUUCCGUCGACGAUUGGGAUGCUGAAAAGAAUCCAAACCAUAGCCAUUUAUUCAUCCCGGCUCUCCGGUCCAAUCCCAGAAGAGAUUGGAAACUGUAGUGAGUUGCAGAGUCUUUACCUGUAUCAGAAUACUCUUUCUGGGCUGAUACCGAGACAACUCGGGGAGCUGAGAAAUCUUCAAAGUGUCCUUCUAUGGCAGAACAACUUGGAGGGUGAAAUUCCGGAUGAACUUGAGAACUGCAAGGAGCUCCUAGUCCUUGACUUUUCAGAAAAUCUUCUAACUGGAAGCAUACCAAAAAGUCUUGGAGGACUUUCAAAUCUUCAAGAGCUUCAACUGAGUAUUAAUCAGCUCUCUGGUACAAUACCUUCUGAAAUCUCUAAUUGUUUGGCUUUGUCUCACCUGGAGAUCGACAACAACAUGAUUUCAGGCGAGAUACCCACUGCCAUUGGCAACCUAAAGAACUUGACUAUAUUUUUUGCCUGGCAAAACAAUCUAACAGGAAGUAUUCCCAACACUCUCUCAGACUGCCAGAAUCUCCAGGCUCUCGAUCUCUCUUUUAACAACUUGGUCGGUCCAAUACCGAAACAGAUUUUCGGGUUGAAGAAUCUCACCAAGAUUCUUCUUAUUUCGAAUAAUCUGUCCGGGUUUAUUCCACCUGAUAUAGGAAACUGUACGAAUCUGUACAGGUUAAGACUGAAUGAGAACAGGAUCGGAGGUACUAUUCCAUCAGAGAUUGGCCAUCUGAAGAACUUGAAUUUCUUUGACAUGGGUGAAAACCUUCUUGUUGGAAGAAUUCCUCCAUCGUUAUCAGAAUGUGAAAAUCUCGAGCUUCUCGACCUCCAUUCCAAUGGGCUCACUGGUCCUUUGCCAGAUGAUCUGCCAAAGAGCCUACAGAUUUUGGACAUCUCCAACAACAGGUUUAAUGGCCAGGUCCAUCUCAGAAUUGGAGGAUUGAUUGAACUAACAAAACUCAACCUUGGAAAAAACCAACUUUCUGGGAAAAUCCCGGGAGAAAUCGUUUCCUGCAAGAAGCUCCAGUUAUUAGACCUUGGCAACAAUGGCUUCUCUGGGGAGCUCCCAAAGGAAUUGGGUCAAAUUUCUUCCCUCGAAAUAGCUCUUAAUCUAAGUUGCAAUCAAUUUUCAGGUGAAAUCCCAUCAGAAUUCUCUGGUCUCACCAAGCUAGGAAUUCUAGACCUCUCCCACAACAGCCUCUCUGGGAACCUCAGCCUUCUUGUAGGACUUCAAAACCUCGUCUCUCUAAACGUCUCCUACAACGACUUCGUCGGUGAAUUGCCCGACAAACCUUUCUUUCAGAAGCUCCCUCUCAGCAACAUUGCCGGAAACAAAGGCCUUUACAUAUCAGGUGGGCUUCCUGCAGACAAUGUGGUAUCCAACAGCAGAAGCAGAGGAGCCAUGAAGGUGGCGAUGCCAAUCCUGAUCAGCACCAGUGCAGUGCUGAUCCUUCUAGCAAUUUACAUGCUAAUCCGCACCCAUAUCGCCAAUUCCAGACUUCUCUCAGAAGGGGAAAACUGGGAAAUAACUUUGUACCAAAAGCUCGAGUUUCCAAUCGACGACAUCAUCCGAAACUUAACUUCAUCCAAUGUCAUUGGUACCGGAAGCUCCGGCGUUGUGUACAGAGUCACAACCCCAAGUGGGGGAACAAUGGCAGUGAAGAAAAUGUGGUCGAAUGAAGAUUCAGGAGCCUUCAGUUCAGAAAUCCAAACUCUGGGUUCAAUUCGACACAAGAACAUAAUCAGGCUUCUGGGUUGGGGAUCCAACAGGAAUUUGAAGCUCCUGUUCUAUGAUUAUCUCCCAAAUGGAAGCUUGAGCUCCCUUCUCCAUGGCGCAGGAAAGGGAGGAGCAGAAUGGGAGGUCAGAUACAAAAUUCUCUUAGGGGUGGCUCAUGCUCUCGCAUAUCUCCACCACGACUGUCUUCCUCCAAUCUUACAUGGCGAUGUGAAGGCCAUGAAUGUGCUGCUCGGUCAUGGCUUGCAACCUUACCUCGCCGACUUUGGGCUGGCCAGAAUCGUGAGUAUAAACAGCGAUGAAGACGGUUCAGGGAAGCCAUUGCAGAGACCACCUCAUCUUGCUGGUUCUUACGGCUACAUGGCCCCGGAGCUUGGGUCGACGCAGAGAAUCACAGAGAAGAGCGAUGUGUACAGCUUCGGAGUGGUGAUAAUGGAGGUUCUAACGGGGCGGCACCCGCUGGACCCGACGAUACCCGGAGGAGUGAGUUUGGUGCAAUGGGUCCGCGAUUAUUUGGCCGGAAAGCGAGACCCAGUCGCCAUUUUCGAUUCCAAGCUCAGAGGAAGAGCCGAUCCUGCCAUGCACGAGAUGCUGCAAACCCUAGCCAUCGCGUCGCUCUGUGUCAGCGUCAGGGUCAACGAUCGGCCCACGAUGAAAGAUGUCGUCGCAAUGCUCAAGGAGAUUCGACAUGUCGAAUUUGGUAGGGCCACCGUCGACGGCGCCAAGCCGGGAACGGCGGUGGUGCCGUCGUCGCCUCCGCCGCGGUCGCUGUCGAGGAAGUUUGUGUCCCAAGGAUCUUCCCAGUGCUCCUUUGUGUUCUCUGAUGAUUCAAUCUAACGGUCCAGAAUCAGCUCCUAAAACCCAGUAAAAAAAAAUUCCCUUUUUUUCUUUUUUUUUUUUACCCUUUUUCAACUCAAGAAUCAAGAUGGAAAAAAGGUUUGUAAAUUUGAAAAUAAUCAUUGAUUAACUUAAACAGUUAGUUUAAAAAGAUUAUAUGGCUCUGUCUUUUUUUUUCUUUUUAAUUUUAUCCAAGUUGGAGAGGUGUGAGAAAUGGCUACAUGGAGUAGUUGUAAAUAAUAGACAAAACCCAUAUGAGUCAUUGUU